GUGGCACGUUCCCCUUCUCUAGGGCUAGGGAGAUAGUCAAAAAGAGGAUGAUAAGAGUCGCGCGUUCACGGGAACAGUUCAUACAGAAAACAUUUGUUUAAACGUACAUGUCGAGUUCUGUCGCAGAGUAAAUACUAAGAUUUCAGAAUAAUCUGGUCAUGAACAAGAUUGUUUUUCUCUAUUUGAGAAGAAAUAAAAUAUUGAUCGUUUGAUUAAAAUAUUGCGAAAGUGUCAGUGGAAUCAUAUAUUUUUUUGAACAGUGGUGAAGAUAGUAAACGUCACCUGUAAACCUAAUUGCAAGGUCAAUUGAGUUUAUGAAUCGAUCGUGUUGUGCAAAAACGCGGAAACGAUAAACAUUUUUUUCUAGUUUUACUAUGGCACUAUGUCUAGCACGAUAAUAGCUGUGUUAUUGUGCGUUCUUGCUCUCGCGAAUGGCAAUUAUUUUGGUACCAGUACUAAAAAUAGGGAUCAAUGUUUCUGCAAGCUAAAAGGAUCCAUAGACGACUGCAGUUGCAGUGUGGAUACGGUGGAUUACUUCAACAAUAUGAAAAUAUAUCCAAGACUCCAGAGUCUUCUCGUUAGGGAUUAUUUCAGAUUUUAUAAGGUCAAUUUAACGCAACAAUGUCCAUUCUGGGUCGAUGACAGCAAGUGUGCCAUGCGCUAUUGCCAUAUACAACGCUGUCAAGAUAAAGAUAUACCUGACGGAUUGAAGGGCGAUAUUCCCAGACAUUCUUACUUGACAGAGAAACCAGUAGAUAAAUAUACCAGUGAAUUUCAGACUAGCAGUUGUGAGGAGGCAGCAAGAGACCAUAACGAAGAAUUAGGUUUUCUCAACACUACUAUAAGUUCCGAGACGUACAAAGACCUCCAAAGAUGGCAACAAUAUGACGACGCUCAGGAUAAUUUUUGCAUUAUGGAAACAAGUCCUGGAGAAUAUGUUGACCUGUUAUUAAAUCCUGAGAGAUACACCGGUUACAAGGGACCAAGCGCUCAUAGAAUAUGGCGCAGUAUCUACAUGGAAAAUUGUUUCAGACCCGAAAAAUCGCCACACAAUUUUAUUCAGUCGUCCAAAGUCAAUGGAAUGUGUUUAGAGAAACGAGCUUUUUAUCGAGUUAUAUCGGGACUACAUGCGAGCAUAAAUAUUCAUUUGUGCGCGAAGUAUUUGUUGUCCUCACCGGACAGUCUGGAGGUCGUGUCAACGAAUGGUCAAUGGGGUAGAAAUUUGCAAGAAUUGGUGAGACGGUUUUCACCGGAAGAAACGGGCAACGAGGGACCAAAUUGGUUGAAAAAUUUGUACUUUAUUUAUCUGCUCGAAUUACGUGCUUUGGACAAAGCCUCUCCGUAUCUCGAGAACGAAGAAUAUUACACAGGAAAUGAAUCUGAAGAUGCCGACACGAGAAUGGCUAUCAAAGAUAUUUUGAGCGUCGUUCGAUCGUUUUCGGAUCAUUUUAACGAGAGUGUCAUGUUCAACGGUGGCGCCCAGUCACAAUUGUUGAAAGAAGAAUUUCGCCAACACUUUAGGAAUAUAUCGCGAAUAAUGGAUUGCGUUGGUUGCGACAAAUGUAAACUGUGGGGAAAAUUGCAGAUCCAAGGAUUAGGCACAGCGUUGAAAAUCUUGUUUUCCGGUAAAUUUGACAAAUGGGAGCCGACAGUAAAACAUCCGUUUGACCGCAAACAAUUUUUCCUCGAAAGAAGUGAAAUCGUGGCGCUCGUGAAUGGCUUUGGAAGACUAUCCGAAAGUGUCUUUGAACUGGAUAAAUUUCGGCAAAUUAUGAGAUAGCACAAUUUCCUUAGGUAAUUAAAGCGAAUAUUUCCAGCACCAGUGUAAACACACAUCACAUCACAUAGAAUAAAAACGCGAUAUCUAAUAAACAUAAAGAACAAUUGUAACCUCAGAUCGCAAUAUGCUCGAUCGACCAUUUCGACACAAUAUUCAAAGACAAAAGAGAGGAGAACGAUCAACAAAAGUAAAUUCAUUUCCUUUAACGAAAUAAUGCGUUACCAUUAAAAAAAUGUGAAUCGCCGAUAAACAUCCGCUUCCGAGAUCUCGUUGCGCGCUUCCCAACCUGUAUUUUUAUAUUUUGAUAACAAAACGAAAAGAGAAAAAAUGACAAACAAAUCUAUUGUCAUUCAUGAAAAAAAUGACGAUUUUACGAUUCAUUUAUCUUGAGAGGGUUAGAAAAAUAACAAAACAUUCGUACAACUUUCGAGUCUACUGAAUAGUUUCUAUAACAGUUUUACCAUAGAAUCUUACGACGUCUGUGAUAAUUUUUCCUGUAAGCAAUGAAUACAACGUACGAGAGCGGAGGAUAACAAUAAUGUGAUCUAUCGAAAGCUCCACAUUGAAAAUCCACUUUUCAACAAAGUCAAAUUUUUCCGGCUAUUUUUUGCCUGAAUUUGUCUUUAUUCCACCGUUAUCUUUAUUUUCAACUGUUCGAAUCAAUACGUUGAUAUUAUUCGAUAUCUUUGAUCAAUAUGUUAUUUCAUGAUAUUAUUUAUAUGCACGUAUGUAGAGAUAUAUCGAUAUUUAAUGAACGUCAAGAAUGGAUGUCAAAUGGGCUCGAAUUUUGAGACGACAAAUCUUUUACAGAGACAAAUACAUGUGUAUAUCCACGCAGUA